ACACCCAUGGCCUUGAAGUUGUAAAUUUCCUUUCCCGCAGCAAAACCAAACACAGUCAGCCCUUCCAGUCCUUGUGGGCCUCUGUCUGCCAGAUUCACAUCUAACCCACAGCUUAACUGCCACGUGGACAGCCUGCGCGUUUCUGUACAAAACCAGAAAGAACUGUGUUACUACGGAAUGUAUGCUCUGACAUCUGUCUCUGUGUAUGUGUGAGGUCCCUGUCUUUCUAGCCUCCAACUUGUGUUAACUCUCUGGUCUAUUCUCUGUUUCUGUCUUUGCUCUCUCUUUAAUACACAAACACAGAGAAAACUGUAAGGGCUUCAGUUUCUUGUUCAAGAGGAGUCAGAAAUUGGCUUUUGUCAGUAAACCUGGGUUUGGCCUGCCAUGAAUCGUUGCCUUCCUGAUUGGAAUUUUGAGGUUGAUCUCCCUGUGACCACUCAGAAGAGAUCCAUGGGGCCAGAUAAUGAGUUAGUGGAGCUCUUAUGGCAAAAUGGGCAGGUAGUCUUGCAUAGUCAAACACAUCGAAAACCAAGCCUCAGUCCUAAUGAUUCAAGUCAGAAACAUGAUCAACCAUCUGGGUAUUCAAGCAAUUUGAUUCAAGAUGAAGAGAAUGUGUCAUGGAUCCAAUUCCCACUUGAAGAUCCCUUCGAGAAAGAUUUCUAUUCCAACUUGUUCAAUGAAUUGCCACCUUCUGAUCCUAAGGAAGUUGAUAAGCCAACCAAAGAAGACAAGCUUGUUAAGUUUGGUGCUUCUGUUGGUCCUGAAUUUCCUGGAAACUCCAUGCCUCCUCCACCCGGAUUUCUGUUUCCUGAAUCAGCCCAACAAAAUCAUGAUUUAGCAGGUCCUGCAAAAGUUGUGAAUUUUUCUCAAUUAGGAUCUUCAAGUGGACAAUAUGGAGGGAAAAAAUCAGUUGGUUUGAGUCAAACGGCCGAGGUUAGAGAGUGUUCGGUAAUGACAGUUGGAUCCAGCCACUGUGACAGCAAUCAAGUACCAAAUGAUGGCGUUGGGACUUCUGGUUUUUCUGCUGGACCUGUUAAAGGAGAUUUUCAAGAGAAAAUACCUCAGACUGAGAACCCGAAAUCGGACACACUUGAACCAACGGUUACUUCAUCUUCUGGUGGAUCAGGAAAUAGUUUUGGAGGAACUUGCAGGCAAUCUACUGGUGUCAAUAGCCAGAAGAGGAAGGGAAGGGAUAUGGAGUCAUCAGAGUGCCAAAGUGAGGCUGCUGAACAUGAAUCAGCUGGUGGAAACAAACCAGCACAACGAUCAGUGUCUUCCCGCAGGAGCCGUUCGACUGAAGUGCAUAACCUCUCUGAAAGGAAACGGAGAGAUCGGAUCAAUGAGAAGAUGAAAGCAUUGCAGGAGCUCAUACCACACUGCAACAAGACUGAUAAAGCAUCAAUGCUGGAUGAGGCAAUUGAAUACAUGAAGUCACUUCAGCUGCAACUUCAGGUAAUGUGGAUGGGAAAUGGGAUGGCUCCAGUAAUGUUUCCAGGAGUCCAUCACUAUAUCUCCCGAAUGGGCUUGGGAAUUGGUCCUCCUCCUAUGCCUUCUAUUCACAAUCCUCUGCAUUUACAAAACCAGCCUAUGAUGUGCCAAACUCCAGUCUUGAAUCCUGUUAACUACCAAGAUCAGAUGCAUGGUUCUAAUUUUUAUGAGCAAUAUGCACGCUACAUGCGCUUCCAUCAGAUGCAAACCGCCUCUCAGCCCUUUAAUGUAUUCAGAUUUGGUUCCCAAGCAAUGCAACAGAGUCAAACAGAAUCAUCCCCUGUGACGAGCAAUGGACACUUGAAUGGAGGAGCCACAACUAAUGAUGCCGCACCUGUUUUGUAACAUUGAUAUCAGGGAAUGUACAAUUAUAAGCAAAGAAUGAUGCUGUAGUUUGGUGAAUUAUAGGUUCUCCAUUUCUCAUUUCAAGAAUUGUUCUUAAAGAAACAUUCAAACCAUAACUUGGGGAUAGGGAUAUUCAAGUGGGCGGUUUGUGCAUUUGCUUUCCACCCAUCCGCAUGGGUUACAGGCAAAUUUUCAGCUCUCAACCCCGGGCGAGCAGGUACCAUAUCCGCUGUCCAUACAUAUGUCGGGUGGAUAGCGGAAUAUGGGUAGGCAACCGCCUUGGUCUACCUAUAUAUCUGAAAAAAACAGUUGUCUUAUUGAGAUUUUAUUUCUGUGUACUUCACGCAAUUUAGUAUUGUCUAAUUUGGCUAGGUGGUUUGAAAUGUCACUCAAACACUAAAUUGACAUCAUGUGUCCACUAUAUAUCCAGCUAUGGACAUUAGUUUAAGGCAACUUAAGUUAAUUCAUUUGUAUAAUUUUAUUUUUUUCAGAGAAUAUAAUUCAAUUCUCAACUGUAUUUUGUAGGGUCUUUUUUCAAUUUUCUUGUAUUGUUCAAAAUUUAUAAAUAGAUAAGAAUUGAGUUUAUAAA